AGGUCUGAGGGGGUGGGGACGCUGUUGAUCCCAGGCACUGGAGGCGGCUCCCGCAGUCCACAUGCAGCCCCGGACGCGGACGCGGCCCCUAGCCCAGUCCCUGCCCUUCUCCUUCCGAAGGGCCCUGCGAGCCCCUGGGCCCUGGGUGCCUGUCAUGAAGAUGGGCACAGGAUGGGAGGGCCUGCAGCAGACUCUGAAGGAAGUGGCCUACAUCGUGCUGUGCUGCUGGUGCAUCAAGGAGCUGCUGGAUUAAUGGCCGGGAAGGGCACCGCGCCCGCCCGGCUCG